ACAUGCUUGUAAUCGGUAUUUUUUUGGAGUUUUGAUCAAUCAAAGGCAGCAGUUACGUUGGCAGGACCCACCCUAUGGCUACCCCCCGCGGAAAUAAAACGUUCGAUUUGGAUAAAUACGCGUCUUAUUCAACGAGUUUUUAACGUGAAGAAAUGGAGGUAAAUGUAGCAGGCUUGGUGGUGCUGAUAUGUUUCUAUUUGGUGAUCUUCGUGGUCGGUGUUCUGGCUGCACGAAGGAUAGGACACACUGGUCAACCAAGUCUAGAAUCAUCAAUUGUGGCUGAUAGGAACAUUCCAACAGUGGUCGGCAUCUUUACCAUGACUGCCACUACAGUGGGAGGGGGCUACAUCAAUGGAACGGCAGAGUCUGUGGCCACCUAUGGUCUGGUGUGGACACUGGCACCUCUGGGCAUCUUCAUUGGUCUUAUCACAGGUGGCGUUGUGUAUGCGGGGCCAAUGCGAGACAAGCGCUACAUGACAAUGCUUGAUCCGUUUUAUGAGAGGUUUGGUCAUGUGGUCGUCUUUCUCAUCUAUCUUGCAUCACUCUGGGGAGACCUUUUCUGGACUGCUUCCAUUCUCAAUGCAUUAGGAACCACUUUAAGCGUUAUCAUCAACAUAGACUUGACUGUUGCCAUAGUUACAUCAGCGGGGGUGACAGUGGCCUACACAAUGGUUGGACAGAUGAUCAGUGUGGCCUACACAGACAUUGUACAGCUCUUCUUUAUUGUUCUAGGGCUGAUGCUGUGUGUGCCGUUUGUACUGACCAAUGAGCAUGUGGGCAAUCUGGAGAUGACCUCUGCCUCAUGGCUUGGACAACUGACCCCUGGCAGUAUCUCACCUUGGAUUGACCUCCUUAUUGCCAUGACAUUUGGUACGAUCCCCUGGCAGGCAUAUUUCCAGCGUGUGUUGUCUGUACAAACAAGCAGACAAGCCCAGGUUCUCUCCGUGACAGGCGGAUGUGCGGCCCUGAUACUUGUGAUUCCCUCUGUUAUCAUUGGUGCCGCCAGCACAACCGCAGACUGGAAUGUAACAAGGCUUGGAGUGUCUCCCCUGGCCAUCAACAAGUCCAGCAUGGUUCUACCAUAUGUCCUGUAUGAGUUUACCCCACCCACUGUCUCCAUCAUAGGUCUGGCAGCAAUAUCUGCGGCAGUGAUGUCAUCCAUGGACAGUUCAAUAUUGGGAUCCAGCUCCAUGUUCACUUACAACAUAUAUAAAAAUAUACUGCGCUCAAAGGCUUCAGACAAGGAGCUUCUCUGGGUACAGCGCUUGGCCAUCCUGGCUCUGGGAGUCAUAGCAACUCUCAUCUCUCUCUACGUUCCCGUCAUUUACGGACUGUUUAUCCUCGCUGCCGACGUCGUGUUCGUAAUUCUACUGCCUCAACUCACGUGCGCUCUGUUUUUUAAAGUGUCCAACGCCUAUGGGGCGGUGUGCGGAUAUCUUGUGGGCAUUAUUUUAAGGUUUGGUGCUGGUGAACCAUACCUGAAUCUCAAUCCAUUUAUUUUUUACCCAUGGUUUAGUGAAACUGACGGUCAAAUAUUUCCAUUCCGAACGUUCGCCAUGUUGUGUUCAUUUGUGACUAUACUAGUGAUAUCAUUUUUUGCAAAUUUAUUAUUUAGGAAAGAACUAUUGCCAAAGUAUUUGGAUAUACUAGGAAUCUCGGACAGGGAGGGUUAUCAUUACUCCCCAACACCGCCUGCAAGUGAUGCGAGUGAAUUAUCAGCUAGUCAAAGUGAUAAAGACCGUUCUAAUGUCACCACAAACUCUACAGCAAUGUGAUGUACAUUCCAAAAUCUUUAUGCGAAAGUAUGUUGAAACCUUUGAUCAUUCAAAUCUAAUGAUGUAUUUUACCUUUGUUAUGACAUUUUUUGUUGAUUUGUUUUCUGAAUUCUCUAACAAACAGAUGGGGUAUUGUGAUAGCCUUGGUAUUCCUGGCCUCAAACAAGAACUUUUACCUUGGCCACAACUCGAAAACCAUUGAAGAUAUUCAAAAAAACAACUUUAUAUAAGCUUACACAACUGCCAAUUGUUAUACAUAUCUCAGAUAUAGGCAUUAAAUGUACUUUUAUUAUACUUAUACAUGUUUCAGGAACUCAUACUUUUUAUGCUGACAUCAUGUUUGAAUCUCUGAAAGACUGGUCAUUGUCUUUGACAAGAAGCUGUUGUGUAUAUUUGGGGCCAAUUUCAUGAAUGAUUGUAGAUGUAUAGUGCACCAAGUCCAGUAUAAAAGAUGAAAACAUUUGUAGCUAGUUGGUCAUGGUCAAUAGCUGCCCCUAUUGAAUUUGGAGUCAGUAAGCAAAAGGUCAUUGUUACCUCUACCAGAAAAAUGAUGUACACUUAAGACAGGUAACUCAUGCAUUUUAUUAUUUAUUUGAAGAAGUGCUAAUUUGUUAAUAUGAUCGUGGGUUCAUAUUUAUAAUCUUGGAAAUAUUUCAAGUAUAUGUACGAAAUAAAUUACAAAAAUGCAUACUGGUACAUCUUUUUAUAUAAAAUGCAAAAGACAUCUCUUUAAAUGAGAAUGUUCUCAUACAGCAUGUUUUUAUCUUGAUUGUGUAAGUAAUUAAGUAAAAAGUAACUUUGAAAGCAGUGUUCUUUCUAUUGCUUUUCUUGAAGGAACAAUUUUGAGCAAUUGUAAUUUUAUGUUACUAUUUUGUUUUGUUUACAUAUUAUAUUAAUAAUUAAUGUGAAAUUCCAUGCUAAAAAUGUCAUGUCUAGAA